UCAUGACUGUUUGUUUUGCCUUAUGUCCAACUCUUUGACAUGUAAUGAAAAGUCUAAAUCCACUGUGUUAUGGUGUUCCUCUGCAGAUCAGAAAGUGGUUCUGUUGUUCCAGGAGGAGGAUAGCCAGCAGAGGGCGCUCAUAGGCCUGAUGGUGGACAAGCUGAGAGAGCACCUCAACAGACACCUGCCUCGUCUGGGGAAGAAGAAGAUCGACGUGCUGGUGGUGAACUACGUGGCCAAGCUGCUGGAGCUGAUCAGACGCAUGCUGGAGUCUGUGUGGCUGAAGUACAAACUAGGCCCUCUGGUGCUGUGCUUAAAGCAGCAGGGCAGUUCAGCGGAGUGGACCGUGUUUCACGUGAUGUGUCGGAUACUGGAGGCUACAAAGACUCUGUGUCUCCCCCUCCCUCCUGGGUAUCACACUCUACUGUCCGUGUUGGGGGUUCGCUGUCUCCCCAGACACACCUUCCUGCAGUACGUUGACCAUGGUGUGCUGCAGCUCACCGAGACCUUCGUCUCACGACUCAUGACAGAUCUAGACAACAGUGAUGCCAACGAGGAGCUGAAGUUCAGCAUUGUGAAGAGACUACCAGAGUCCAUGGAGCAGAGGAUCUGUCACCUGUGGGAUCACCCCAUCAGUUCAGCCUGUAUCUCCAGAGACUAUGUCAGAGGCCUGCUGGAGAAACACGCCAAAACCAAAGGUUCUAUGUUCAUGGAGAGAGACGAGCCUGGCUUCAGGCCUGAGUUCCUGCCUCUCACCUUCCUGACCAAAAUUCUGUUGGAUGUGGAAGACCGAGCUCUGAACCCUUUUGAGGAGCAGGAGAAUGUGGAUGCCAGGUUUGUGGAGGAGACGGCUCUGAAACAGACUCUGAUCCUGAUGGGCUUCCAGGACAAGUGAGGGAGGGAGAGACCGAGGUGAAGAAAGAGGGGGAGCAGGUCAAGGCUCCAAGUUUUCACUCAACACUCCAUAUUCCACUAGUACUCAGUGAGCGUGGACUGUGUCAGUGAGCGUGGACUGUGUCAGUGAGCGGGGACUGUGUCAGUGAGCGGGGACUGUGUCAGUGAGCGGGGACUGUGUCAGUGAGCGGGGACUGUGUCAGUGAGCGGGGACUGUGUCAGUGAGCGGGGACUGUGUCAGUGAGCGGGGACUGUGUCAGUGAGCGGGGACUGUGACGUGGACUGUGUCAGUGAGCGGGGACUGAGAGCGUGGACUGAGUCAGAGAGCGUGGACUGAGUCAGAGAGCGUGGACUGAGUCAGAGAGCGUGGACUGAG